GACACUCAGCAUCUGUACCAAACGAUGAAUGUUGCCUCAGAUUUAACGCGUUUUGCUUAAAAAUCGGGAUAAACAGAGCAGCUGUCAUCAUGUAUGGCUUUGUGAAUCACGCCCUGGAGCUCCUCGUUUUAAGGAAUUACGGCCCAGAUGUGUGGGAAGACAUCAAGAGGGAGGCUCAGCUCGAUAUCGAGGGUCAGUUCCUGGUUAGAAUCAUAUAUGAAGAUGCCAAAACAUACGAUCUUGUUGCUGCUGCAAGUAAAGUUCUCAAGAUCGACGCGGGAGACAUCUUGCAGUUGUUUGGGAAGAUGUUUUUUGAAUUUUGCCAGGAGUCGGGAUACGACACCAUAUUACGAGUGCUGGGGUCGAAUGUUCGUGAGUUCCUGCAGAAUUUGGAUGCUCUGCAUGACCACCUGGGCACCAUCUACCCUGGGAUGAGGGCCCCCUCGUUCCGCUGCACGGAUGCAGAGAAGGGCAACAACCUGAUUCUUCACUACUACUCAGAGAGAGAAGGCCUGCAGGACAUCGUGAUCGGCAUCAUUAAAACGGUGGCCCAGCAGAUCCACGGAACAGAGAUCGAGAUGAAGAUGAUCCAGCCGAAAAACGAGGAGUGCGACCACAUCAAGUUUCUGAUUGAGGAGAAGGACUCGGAGGAGGAGGCGUUCUACGAGGACCUGGACGGCUUCGAGGAGAACGGCACGCAGGAGACCCGGAUCAGCCCCUACACCUUCUGCAAGGCCUUCCCCUUCCACCUCAUGUUCGACAAAGACCUGAUGCUCACGCAGUGUGGGAACGCCAUCUAUCGAGUCCUGCCUCAGCUCCAGCCCGGUACCUGCAUCCUCCCCUCCGUGUUUUCUUUGGUCCGGCCUCACAUCGACUUCAGUUUCCACGGCAUCCUCUCCCACAUCAACACUGUGUUCGUUCUGCGGAGCAAGGAGGGCCUGCUGAACGUGGAGACCGUGGAGAACGAGGACGAGCUGACGGGGGUGGAGAUCAGCUGUCUGAGGCUGAAAGGACAGAUGAUUUACCUGCCGGAGGCGGAGAACAUCCUUUUUCUGUGCUCGCCCAGUGUCAUGAACCUGGAUGACCUCACGCGGAGGGGGCUGUACCUGAGCGACAUCCCGCUGCACGACGCCACGCGGGACCUGGUGCUGCUGGGCGAGCAGUUCCGUGAGGAGUACAAGCUGACCCAAGAGCUGGAAAUCCUGACAGACCGUCUGCAGCACACGCUCCGGGCCCUGGAGGACGAGAAGAAGAAGACAGACAGACUGCUCUACUCCGUCCUGCCGCCAUCCGUUGCCAACGAGCUGCGACACAAGCGGCCGGUCCCGGCAAAGCGCUACGACAACGUGACCAUCCUCUUCAGCGGCAUCGUGGGGUUCAACGCCUUCUGCAGCAAGCACGCCUCGGCCGAGGGGGCCAUCAAGAUAGUCAACCUGCUCAACGAUGUUUACACGCGGUUCGACAUCUUGACAGACUCUCGGAAUAACCCUUAUGUAUACAAGGUGGAAACAGUGGGCGAUAAGUACAUGACGGUGAGCGGCCUACCGGAGCCGUGCACCCACCACGCCAAGUCCAUCUGCCACCUCGCUCUGGAUAUGCUGGAGAUUGCUGGACAGGUCAAAGUGGACGAUGAGCCGGUGCAGAUUACGAUUGGGAUCCACACAGGUGAAGUGGUGACCGGGGUGAUUGGGCAGAGGAUGCCCAGGUAUUGCCUUUUUGGAAACACGGUCAACCUCACAAGUCGUACAGAAACUACCGGUGAAAAGGGGAAGAUAAACGUCUCGGAAUAUACGUACCGGUGUUUGCAGUCCGCUGAGAACGCUGACCCUCAGUUUAACCUGGAGUAUCGCGGCCCCGUCACCAUGAAAGGAAAGAAGGAGCCGAUGAAGGUGUGGUUCCUGUCCAGGAGGCCCACCGACACAGAGUCCAGCGCAGCUAAAGCUUAGUGAGUGAGACUCAGCACUGAACGCGGCAGGCGGCGGCGUCAGAGCGAUGCUGUCGAGUCAGCGUCUCUUCUGAAUUCAGACACGCUAAUACUUUUCAUAUGAUGUGAAUUUGAACCGCUGCUCUUCCUCCUCGUUCCUGCUCGACCGCCACCUGUCGUGACCUCACUCUAUUUUUUUAGCGUAGACACAACAGUGAAGUAUUUCAUGAAUAAUGGAGGUUAGUGAUGCAGCACACGGUACGUUCAAGUGUGACAGAAUAUUCUCACAUCGUUAUUGUUCAUAAAUUCACCAAAAGGUUUUGAUAAGCAAAAUAUUUUCCAUCUACGUUAAUCUGCUGAUUUUGUCACGUCCUUUAUUUGUUCUGAAUCCUGUCAAAAAUACUGAGAGUUUAUCUUUAUGGACACAAAUAGCCUAUUUUACUUUACAUGAAUAGAAUAGAUUUUAACCUUUGACAUUUUCCCUUUUUCGGGUGAUAUUGAUUUAAAAUGAAAUAUUUGACUUAUGAGUGUUAAAAAAAAAGAAGCUUGAUAUCAUGUUUGUGCCAUUACAUCACCUCAAGUUUCACACUGGAUCUGUCACACUGGCAUCAGCCUGUUCAAAGAAAUAUGAAUUUAGAUGUUUUAGCUGUUGUAUUUAUAUAGAUUUAUAUCACUGUGUUCACCAGUUCUUUGGCUUCAUUAGACUCAUGUGUGUAUUACAAUUCCAACAUGUAUUUCAAGUCACAAAUGAUACAUGAGUUAUUAGUAAAGUACGUAAUUAUUAAAGCAGAUAAUUUAAAAUGAGCACUCAACACUAAUUUAAUACAUUUAUUGCACCUCUCUGCUUAUCACACAUUCACUUUUUUAGUACUAUACAUACAUAGAACUAUUAAUGAUCUACCAGGACGUAUUUAUUGUUAACAUUACUUGAUAUUUAUUCUUUUAAAAUGU